UUAAAAUUAAAGGAAUUUAAUAUAAGUACUUUUUCUGCCCAACACCCCAGUUUUAUGAAUUACAUGCAAAUGAAUAUUUACUAUCAAUUUAUAACAUAAGUAAUGAAUUAGAAGUUAUUUGCACAUUAAAAAAAGAGAAAGCACCCCCAUUACCCAAAAGUACAUUGCAAAUUCAGCAAGGAAUAAAAUUUAAUGAACAAAACAUGAAUAGAAACAUAAUAAAUGCAUUGGCAAAUAAAGCAAACAAAAAUGAAAAUUUAAUUAACGUGAAGAAGGAAAUGACAAGUCUAGAAGAAUCCAAGCCAUUUUUGAAGUUACUAGGAAAAAAUAUAAAUUAUGCUCCAUCGAAUAAAAUACAGGAGAAUUAUCAAGGAAUAAAUAUGGAAAAAAUUGGGGCUAGUUCGAGUCAACCUUCAGUGGUACAAAAACAUGCUUUUGAGGCACAUUUAACACCAGAAAAUAGAAAUUUUUCAAAUAUAAGUAAUAUGAAACCAAUGGAUUUUUCACAAUUGCUUAAACAAAAUAAUAUCAGUAUUUCCAACAUACUCAUAUGUUCAAGCCGACUACAAAUUUACGACCUAUUUUACCAAAGCCAACCAUUGAACAAACUAAUCAGCAACCUUCAGAUAAGAGUUUUGCUGAUCAAUGGACUGAUUAUUUGAGAAAAGGGUCAGAACAAGCUGGUUCUUCUUCUUCUAAACAAAAAUCUAUGUUGACAGAUUUUCUAUCG